UCGCAAUCAUCUAUAAAUAUGGCAGCACAAUUCGAAUUCGCGUUAGUCUUAAUUGUCGGCGUUAAAAGCGAGGACUUACAAAAACUUGACUGAAACAACACGGCUUGUAACUACAUAAGCAAUAAGAUGGCGUUGACCGAGGCUCUCUUCCUGAUUGUGGGUGCUUUGAGUGCCGUUUACAUAUGGUUCCAGCGGAGCCACAGCUACUGGCGGCGCAAGGGCAUUCCCUACAUACCGCCCACACCCAUCAUCGGCAACACAAAGGCCGCUUUCAAGCUGGAUACCUCCUUCGGGCUGCACCUGUCGGAUAUUUACAAUGAUCCCAAGAUGCAGGACGAGGCUGUGGUGGGCGUGUAUGCAAUCAAUAAGCCCGGCCUGAUCAUACGCGACCCGGAGUUGGUGAAGUCUGUCCUGGUCAAGGACUUCAAUCGGUUUCACAAUCGAUACGGCCGCUGUGAUCCCCACGGCGAUCCUCUGGGCUCAAACAAUCUAUUCUUUGUGAGGGACACACACUGGAAAGACAUCCGCAAUAAGCUGACGCCAGUUUUCACCAGUGGAAAGGUCAAGCAAAUGUAUACCCUGAUGCUAGAGAUUGCUCACGAUCUGGAGGAACAUCUGAAGAGGCAUGGCCAGAGCAAUCCCGGAAAAUACAUCACUGAAAUCAAGGAAGUCUGUGCGCAGUUCUCCACUGACAGCAUAGCCACAAUAGCCUUUGGCGUUCGGGCCAACAGUCUGCAGAACCCAAAUGCAGACUUUCGCAACCAUGGACGCAAACUGUUCACCUUCAACCUCGCCCGCGCGAAGGACUUUUUUGUGGCCUUCUUCUUGCCGAAGCUGGUGUCGCUGCUGCGUAUUCGGUUCUUCACCAAGGAAUUUUCCCACUUCAUGCGAAGCACGAUUGAGCAUGUCAUGGAGGAGCGGGAGCGCACCGGGAUCGUUCGUAAUGAUCUAAUCGAUGUCCUGGUUGGGCUACGCAAGGAAGCGGUCGCGGAGCCCACCAAGCCACACUAUGCCCACAACUUUGAUUUCCUGGUAGCACAGGCCGGUGUAUUCUUCACUGCCGGCUUCGAAACCUCUUCGUCCACCAUGUCCUUCGCCCUGUAUGAGCUGGCCAAGCAUCCGCAGCUGCAGAGCCGCUUACGCCAGGAGAUCAACGACUCUCUGGUGGAGGGUGGCGGUACUCUCUCCUACGAGAAGAUCCAAUCUCUCGAGUACUUGUCCAUGGUGGUGGACGAAGUGUUGCGCAUGUAUCCAGUGCUGCCGUUCCUUGAUCGCGAGUACAACAGCAUCCAGGGCCAGCCAGACCUCUCCCUGAAGCCCCACUAUGACUUCACGUACGAGCAAGGCACCCCGGUCUUCAUACCAGUCUAUGGAUUGCAGCACGAUCCGAAGUACUGGCCCAAUCCCGAGCAGUUCGAUCCGGAGCGCUUUUCGCCGGAGAACCGAAAAUCCAUUGUGACCAUGGCCUAUCAACCGUUCGGAUCCGGUCCACACAACUGCAUUGGCAGCCGCAUUGGUCUGCUGCAAACGAAGCUGGGACUGGUCCACAUACUCAAAAAUCAUUCGGUUAAAGUGUGCGCAGACACCAUGAAGGAAAUGAAAUUCGAUCCGAAGGGAUUCGUUCUGCAGUCCCAGUCAGGAAUCCACCUGGAGAUAGUCAACGAUCGCCUCUAUGAGGAGAGUGCAGCUAAGGCUCAGUGAAUCGCACUCCAACUACAAAUUGUUGGGUACAAAAUAAUGAAAGAUAGAGAGAGAGUGUGCCAGUCGCUAUGCGAUGAUCAGAGAGGUUAAUGUUGUUAUAUUGAUUGUACAAUAGUUCGAGCCAGAAUUGGCAGCCGCGUGAUAAAAUCGAUCUUUAGUUGUCUGUUGUAGAAAAACAAAAUUGUUAUUAUAAUAUAGUUAUCAAAUUGCA